GCAGGUGGCAGUCCCUUAUUUCCUACAGGAGAUGAUGACUGGGAGGCCGCCUGGGGGAGUGCAGCCCGCGGCUCCUCAGCUGCAGGAGGCCAGACCACGGCAUAAUUCUUACCCUUUCUUGAGCUCUCACUCUGGGGCAGGCACUGUACAUGCAUUAGCCCCAUAAUGACAGCGAUUAUGACACAGAAGGUAGAUGUUGCGACCUGUAUUUGACACACAAGGCCUCUCAGGGGCUAAGUAGUGUGUUUGAGAUUACAUAGCCAGGGCCGGCAUUGUGGCUCAGAGGGGAAAGCUACCGCCUACGACGCCUGCCUUCCAUCCUGUCCCAGCUGUUCCACUUCUGAUCCAGCUCUCUGCUCCCAGUCUGGGAAAAGCGGUGGAAGAUGGCCCAAGUGCUUGAGCCCCUGUCAACCAUGUGGGAGACCUGGAUGAAGCUUGUGGCUGCAGCCUGGCUCAGCCCUGGUUGGCACAUCCACUUGGAGAGUAAUCCAGUGGAUAGAAUCUCUCUCUCUCUCUUUCUCUCUCCCUCCCUCCCACUCUGCCUUUCAAAUACAUAGAUUUAUUUAUUCAUUUGAAAGCCAGAUUUACAGAGAGGCAGAGGCAGAGAGAAAGAUAGAGAGGAGUCUUCCAUCUGCUGGUGGCCACAAUGGCAGGAGCUGAGCCUACCUGAAGCCAGGAGUCAGGAGCUUCUUCAAGGUCUCCCAUGCAGCUACAAGGGGCCAUCUUCCUCUGCUUCCCCAGGCCAUAGCAGAGAGCUAGAUAGGAAGUGGAGCAGCUGGGACUCGAACCAGUGCCCAUAUGGGAUGUUGGCACUGCAGGUGGUGGCUUUACCUGCUACACCAUGGCACAGACCCCCAUAAAUAAAUCUUCUAAAAGAAAAAAGAGUCCAUGGCCACCAGGUGGGUCACUUGGGCUCCAGGUGGGCAGUUCAAAUACACCUUCUGCCCUCCCAGCUGGUCUAUCAUUCAUUCAUUCAGUCAGUCAUUCAUGUCUUCACAGGACACUGAUGUGUAGCAGUCUGUCCAGGAGAUGAGGAGACAGCAGCAAACAGAAGAGGCAAGUCCCCUCUGUGGGGGACUUUCUUACUGGUGGCACCACCCCUCCUGGCAGACUCUAAGGGAAAUGACCCCAAAGUUUAGUUCUCCCCCAACAGGCGGCGUCCCUGCCAACUCUGAGUGCGGGUAGUGGAGAGGGCUCUGGGUGGCGAGAAGAUGUGGGUGUGUCUCUGAGCCACUAGCAACAUCUGAGCUCUCAGCCUCCCAGUGCCUCUGGCGAAGGUGGGCGGUCUCACAGCCACAGACAAGGAGGAGCCUGCUCACUGCACCCUCAACAAUAAUAUAACUUCCUGCUUCAAACUGCUGGAAGAAAGGACUUGGAACGUUCUCGCUGCAAAGAAAUGCUAAGCAAUUGAUCUGAUGAAUAUGCUCACCACCCUAAUUUGACCAUGACACAACAUAUAUAAGUAUGAAAACAUCUGUGUUUUUGGCACCAGUGUUGUGUCACAAGGGCUUAAGCUGCUGCUUGCGAUAGCGGCAUUUCUUAUCUGAACGCUGGUUCUAGUCCUGGCUGCUCUGUUUCUGUUCCAGCUCCCUGCUAAUGUGCCUGGGAAGGAGGUGGAGGAUGGCCUGAGUAUCCGGGUCCCUGCCACCCACGUGGGAGACCUGGAUGGAGUUCCAGGCUCCUGCCUGCGGCCUGGCCAGCCCUGGCUGUUGUGGGCCUUUGGGGAGUGAGUCAGAGGAUGGAAGAAUCUCUCUGUCUCUCUGUCUUUCAAAUAAACAAAAUAAACCUUUUUUAAAAAAAUCACGCUGUGUCCCUUAAAUAUGUACAAUUGUUAUGCGCCAAUCAAAAAUAAGAUAAAGCUUAAGAAAAAACACCAAAGAAGUGCUUUAUCAGCUUUUAGCUCAGUCCCUAGAACGGGACUUGGGGGGCAGAGCUGUCUCAGCUCCCUGGACCUGCUGCAUUGGCAUCGCUGGGUAGCUUCCUAGACCUGCAGAGUCCAGUCCCCACCUCAGACCUACGGAUUGGAACCUACGUUUUAACAAGAUGAAUCCCAUGCAUGUUCUUUUUUUAUUAUUAUUUUUAUUUUUUUGACAGGCAGAGUGGACAGUGAGAGAGAGAGACAGAGAGAAAGGUCUUCCUUUGCCUCUGGUUCACCCUCCAAUGGCUGCCGCGGCCGGCGCGCUGCGGCCGGCAUAUCGCGCUGAUCCUAAGCCAGGAGCCAGGUGCUUUUUCCUGGUCUCCCAUGGAGUGCAGGGCCCAAGGACUUGGGCCAUCCCAUGCACGUUCUAAUUUGAGAAGCCCUGGCUAAGAUUUCUGCUCCCUCUUAAUAGCCUCUGGCUAGGGGCAGCCACUCACCAGCAGAGGGCGCCGUAGGGAAGGGGUUUCAAAGCGCAACACCUGGAUCCAGGCUGCGUCCCUUCCUCUCUCCUCCCAGAGUUCAGCCAGAGUCUACUGACUUCUGGGAUCCUCAGCGAUUCUCCUGUUUUGGCUCGACUUUGCCAGCGGACAAGGACGCUUGCCCUCACCCUGUUGUAGGGCUGCCGGGAGGCAGGACUCUGCCAGGAAGCUCCAGGCCACUCCUGCCCGCGCUCCCCGCCCAUCUCCACUGGUCGGCCGGCCUCUCUGUUUCUCAGAGAAGGAACUUCUGUCCCUGGACACGCGGCAGCCACCUCUGAGCGCUGCUGGACGGCCAGGACACUGGCCUUGGCUGGCACAGGGGUGUGGGAGAGCCGGCAGCACUGAGUGACCAGGCGGAUGUGUGCUCAGGAAACUUCCUUCCAACCCUCCCCAUUCCUACUGCUGGUGGGGGUCCCGGUGGCCAGUGUCCUCCUUCUGGUCCAGUGCCUUCGGUGGCACUGUCCUCGAUGGCUGGUGGGGGCCUGCUGGAAGCCAGAUGCCCAAGAGGAGCCAGGAUCUCAGCCUAUCCCCCUGCCAGCAGAUGAGGCCCCCAGGCAUUGCCCACCAACUACUCUGCCGGAGAUGGCCGCCUUCUACCAGGAACUGCACACACCUACCCAAGGCCAGACCGUCGUGCGCCAGCUGAUGCACAAACUGCUGGUGUUUUCUGCUCGAGAGGUGGAUCACCGCGGCGGCUGCCUGAUGCUCCAGGAUACCGGCAUCUCCCUGCUCAUCCCUCCAGGUGCUGUGGCCGUGGGCCGCCAGGAGCGGGUGUCCUUGGUCCUGGUGUGGGACCUGUCGGACGCCCCGUCGCUGUCCCAGAGCCAGGGGCUAGUGAGCCCUGUGGUGGCCUGUGGCCCCCACGGGGCCUCCUUCCUGAAGCCGUGCCUGCUCACGUUCAAACACUGUGCCCAGCAGCCCGGCCAUGCCCGUGCCUACAGCAGCAACACCACCCUGCUCGAUGCCAAGGCCUGGAAGCCGCUGGGCCGGCCGGGGGCCUACACCUCCCGGGACGAGUGUCGCAUCCAUCUGUCCCACUUCAGCCUCUACACCUGCGUACUGGAGGCACCCAUAGGGCAGGCUGCCCACAAGUGGCUGCAGCUGGCUAUCUUCUGCUCGCCGCUGGCACCAGGGCAGACACACCUGCAGCUGCGGGUCUACUUCCUCAACAACACGCCCUGUGCCCUGCAGUGGGCCGUGACCAACGAGCAGCCUCAUGGUGGGCGCCUGCGUGGGCCCUGCCAGCUCUUCGACUUCACCGGGGCCAGGGGUGACCAGUGCCUGAAGCUCAAGUACAUCUCCGAGGGUUGGGAGAAUGUUGACGAGAGCAGCUGCCAGCUGGUCCCCCAUCUCCACAUCUGGCACGGAAAGUGCCCCUUCCGCUCCUUCUGCUUCCGGAGAAAAGCAGCCAAUGAGAGUGAGGAUUGCUCAGCAUUAACCAAUGAGAUCAUCGUCACCAUGCACACCUUCCAAGAUGGCUUGGAGACCAAGUACAUGGAGAUCCUCAGGUUCCAGGUGUCUGAGGAGGAAUCCUGGGCAGCACCACCCCCUGUCUCCCAGUCGCCCCCAUGCAAUAGGCUGCCCCCAGAGCUCUUUGAGCAGCUGCAGAUGUUGCUGGAGCCCAACAGCAUCACGGGCAACGACUGGCGCCGCCUGGCCUCCCACCUGGGGCUCUGUGGCAUGAAAAUCCGGUUCCUGUCCUGCCAGCGCAGCCCCGCCGCGGCCAUCCUGGAGCUGUUCGAGGAGCAGAACGGCAGCCUGCAGGAGCUGCACUACCUCAUGACGGUCAUGGAGCGGCUGGACUGCGCCUCUGCCAUCCAGAACUACCUGAGCGAAUCGCGAGGCAGCAGCCCAGCCUCGGCCCGCGGGGGCGCCCAGGACAACCAGGGCCUGGAGCUGGACGAGAAGCUCUGAGCGGCCCCCGCGCGGGCACGGGGAGGCCGGGGGCGUGCCCCUGUGCCCAGGGAGCCCCCAGCUGCGGUUGGCUCCAGGCUGCAUCCGCCCACACUCCGCAGGAUUCCCACGGAAGGUGCCUGGAGAGGCCAGAGCGCCCCUCGGGUGCAGGGUGCUCCUGGCCGGCAGGGGGCGCGGGAGCCCAGUAGAUGGCCAGGGCUGCCCCUGCCUCCCUGCUGCAGCUUCUCAAAGCCACGGGCCCGCGCCAGGCCACCAGUACUCAGGUUCACUAGCCCGGGCAGACUGGAAUAUGUGAGAGGAGGUGGGGCCUCCCCACUUAGCAGGGGUCAGCCCGCGCCCCUGUGAGCCCAGGCGGCCCCUCCAGCAGCACUGCCCUGUGGAUCAGGGAUUUGGCCUUGCCCAGGAGUUCAGAGAGACUUGGUGGGGCUGGGGGAGGGGAGACUGCAUAGAUGGAAGCCAGGAGUGAGUAUGAGGCCCCGGGGCUUAGGAGCCCAGCCUGCUGGGUGUGAGGGGUAGGGAGAGUUUAAGGCCAGGUCUAGAGGCAGGUGCACUUGGCAGCGGGCCUCUGUCUACCUCCGCCCCUGCCGGUCCCCUUGUCAAAGCCGCGAAGCAACCCCAAGGGUGGUUCUCGCCCAGCCUUUUUAUCUGCGGCUCUCUGACUUCGUUUUUCUGGAAGUGUCUCUGGCUCCAUCUUUGAAACUGUGUCACUCUGUUCUUCCUUGACUUAGCAUCUUUGUGGCUGUGCCUGGUGGCCGUGCCCUGGCUCUGUGGGUUCCCUUAUGUCUCAGAAAACCCCCACUUCUCCUAGGGGCAAGUGCUCAAACCAAGGUCAGGUUUCAAAGGCUGUGAAAAGAGCUGGAUGGGUGGGGACUGCUAACCCACGAGAUACUGUUUGGAGUCCAGAAAUAAAGGCUCAGCUCAAAGAACACCCCUCUCGGUCAACACUGACUCAGCGCUGCUGUGUGUUAGUGUGUAGAGAGGACGUGAACAGCCUUGGACUUCGGAAACACAGCCGCGGCUCCGAGUCGAUUCUCCCAAUGCCUUUGUUGGCAAACAGGUGUGGUUCGCUUGUUGACAGGCAGGUGAUCUCUUGGGCAAGUUUGCUUCUGUAUUUAAUGAAAAAAGAAUUAGCUUUUUCCUAUGACAAAUAUUAUAUAAUAAAGUAUGAAAACGAC